UUAAUUAAGUCUCCUCUCUUUCUCUCUCUCUCGCUAUAGAAACAGAAACAGAAAGUCGAAAUUUGAAAUUUUGGGAGAGAGAUGGCAACAGCAUCAAGCAGCAUGAAGGGUUUCUACAGGCAAAAGAAGAACAAGAGUGGUAUCAGAAAACCCACAUCUACCAGUAAAUCGUCUCUUAUUCACGCUGCCACUCUUGGCUCUGAUAUUACCCAACCAACUGCCUUGGUUUCCCAUGACUCUCCUGAUCUCAAAGAUGAUUAUGACAAACAUGAGGAUGUGUUGAGGCAAUUUGACAUGAACCCGGCAUAUGGACCGUGCCUUGGGAUGUCUCGGCUUGCACGUUGGGAGCGUGCUCAACGUUUAGGUCUAAACCCACCGAAAGAAAUCGAGGGACUGUUGAAGGGCGAAAAGGUUCGAUCAGAAUGCUUGUGGGAUGGUUGCAUUUAGAAGUUACUAAUACUAAUAUUAUGCUUUGGUUGUUUAUGACUAGAAGUUGUGCUUUUUAAUUUACUGUGUUCUGUUCAGCCUCUGGCUGUGCUGUUAGUCUUUGUUAAUAUUCACUUGUGAGCUUUGCUCAUCUUAAUCAAAAACUUUUAUGGACGUAAA